AUGGUCGACAGCGAGCCUAACUCGCCAACAUGGAAGUUCACGCAAUGUUUUGGUGAUAAAGGGGACGUGGCCGACAUCACAGAAGCCGAUAUCAUCUCUACUGUGGAAUUCGAUCAUACGGGUAACUAUCUUGCCACCGGAGACAAAGGCGGGCGCGUUGUACUAUUUGAGCGCAACGAGACGAAAAAGUCGUGCGAGUACAAGUUCCAUACCGAGUUUCAAUCACACGAACCCGAAUUUGACUAUCUCAAGUCCCUAGAAAUUGAGGAAAAAAUCAACAAAAUCAAGUGGUGUCGCCGCCAAAACGCGUCACACUACCUCUUAUCAACCAACGAUAAAACUAUCAAACUCUGGAAAGUAUUCGAGAAAUCGCUUAAAGUUGUUGCCGAAAACAACCUUUCCCAGGACUUGACACCAGGAGGUAGUGCGACAGGUGCAGGAGCGGCACGUCCCUUAGCAUCAACGCAGCAGUUCCGAAAUGCUGCUGACUUGAAGCUUCCGAGGCUUACACACCACGACACCGUUGUUGCGGCUGUUCCACGCCGUACUUAUGCGAACGCACAUGCGUAUCACAUUAAUAGCAUCUCUGUCAAUAGUGACGGCGAGACUUUUAUCAGCAGCGACGAUCUCCGGAUCAAUUUGUGGAACCUAAACAUACAAGAUCAAAGCUUCAACAUCGUUGAUAUCAAACCUGCCAACAUGGAAGAGCUCACCGAAGUUAUCACAGCAGCUGAAUUCCAUCCUAUGAGUUGUAAUUGGUUCAUGUAUGCCAGUUCAAAGGGUACAAUCAAGUUGGCCGAUAUGAGAGAAAGUGCCCUCUGCGACCAGCAUGCUAAGUUGUUCGAGCAGGAGGAAGAUCCGUCCACCAGAUCGUUCUUCUCGGAAAUCAUUUCAUCAAUCUCUGAUGUCUCGUUCUCGUUUGAUGGCCGAUACAUUCUCUCGCGAGACUACCUAACCGUAAAGAUUUGGGAUAUCAACAUGGAGCGACAACCGGUCAAGACGAUACCCAUUCACGAACACCUACGACCUCGUCUCUGUGACACGUACGAAAACGACAGCAUUUUCGACAAAUUUGAAGUCGUUUUUUCGGGCGAUGCAAAGAAUGUUAUGACGGGAAGCUAUAACAACAACGUUAUGAUAUAUCCAUCAGACCCCGAUAAGGAAAUGGAGGUUGUUCUUCAAGCAGAUAAGUCUGCUUUCAAAGCGAAAAAGGUUGGCGUUCCAGCACCAAUCAACGCUCCCACUAGCCCAACAUCAAACGGUAAGAAGGGGGGUUCCCGUUCGACUAGCCCCGGUGGCCAGAGAAUGCGCAAGGAGACAGAUGCCGACCAGAUCGAUUUCAAUCGCAAGAUCUUACACAUGAGCUGGCAUCCAUUUGAAGACAGCAUCGCCAUCGCUGCGACAAACAAUCUCUUUGUCUUCUCUGCCCUGUAA